AUGUAAACUUAGAUGCGUGCAGUUGUUUUGGAAGGCCCAGGUUAAGAACCUGUAGUCAAAGAAAUUCCAAUCCCUACACCAUAAUCAGGCUAAGUUUUAAUCAAAGUAGACUCUGCCCCUAUCAAUCCUUCUGAUAUAGCUUUUUUACAUGGGGCUUAUUCAAGUGGUAAACAAUUUCCAUGUGUUCCAGGAUUUGAAGGUUCUGGGACUGUUAUUGCUAAUGGGUAUAAUUGAAUGCAAUAAUUUAGAGGAGGAAUUAUGGGAUGGAGAUUAGUAGGAAAAAGAGUGGCUUUCUAUUCAUAAUCUUAAUUUGGAACAUAUGGUGAAUAUAGUGUGGCAGAUGCUUUGGGUUGUUUAGAAUUAGAUAAUGAUAUCACAUUAUAAGAGGCUUGUUGUUCAUUUGUUAAUCCAUUGACUGUGAUUUCAAUGUUAGAAGUAGCAAAAGAACAUAAAACUUAAGCUGUUGUUCAUACAGCAGCUGCUUCUUAAUUAGGCAGAAUGAUGAUUAGACACUUUUAAGCUAAUGGUGUUAGAGUUAUAAAUAUAAUAAGAAGAGAUGCUUAAGUAGAUAUGUUGAAAAANAAUAAUUAUAAAGAUAAGUAAAUAAUAAUAUUAAUUAUAUAGAUUAUCUAAAUAAUAUUUAUAAGAACAUAAAGGUUAAGUUAGAUAUCCAGGUAAAAUGGAAGUUGUUUAAGUUGGUAACUAAGCAAAAAGAGUUCCUAAAUUAGAAAAAUUUGAAGAGAAAAAAGAGGCUAAAAAGGAAAAAGAAGAUACUUAAUAAAAUCAAUAAAAAUAAAAUAAUAUCGAAUCUCAUGGUAUUAAUAAUAUAUUUAUAAUAAGAAAAAAGAUUGAAGGACAUGAGAGAACAAAGAUAGUAAUGGAAUAUAGAGAGUAUAUUAAAAGAUUACAAAGCUGUAUGAA